CAACCAUCUGUGUUUGUUCUUGGUCUCUAUAGUCUUUAUAUAUAGUAACCUAUAUAAAUCGGAGCACUCGUUCGCGGUGUGCAAAUAAAAUGCGCCUGGCGUUCGUUUGUUGGCUGCUCUGCCUGGCUUUUGGCCAGAUCAAUGGAACACCUGUUUAUUCGCCGCCCAAAGCACCGGCCGUUCUGCCAAUGCCAAAAGACAGUCCCCGGAGAGUUCCAGCACCGCCAAGACCUGUUCCUAGACCACCACCGCCAAGAUUAACACCACCGCCUCCCAGGCGACCUCCCAUCGCACAGCCCACCAGGAGACCAAAAAUUCCACCUCGCAAGCCCACCAGAAGACUUCCCAUCACAAGGAAACCCACAAGACCGAUCCCGAAACCACCAGCAACCCAGAGACCCACCGUCAUGCCUACAAGACCAACUGCUGGGCGAACCACGCGAAAGUUUUUGAUUUGGUCGCGAGUUCCCACUAGACUACUACCCACUAAACCAAAUAUAAGGCCUACACUCUGGACAAGACCACCAGUGCGUCCUCCGUUGCCAACUGUUCGUCCAACGCCUCCAAGGGUGCGUCCCACCUUAUGGACAAGACCUCCUAUAAAAAUCACAGCACGACCCACCAUUAGACCUACUAUUAAACGCACUUUAUGGACAAGACCCCCAGUCAAACCUACCAGUCCCAUAAAUCGGCCUACUACAAUUCGGCCAACAAUAAAACCCACUAUAAGACCCACAAAUAGAUCUUCAAAUCGUCCCAUUGGAACCACCUUGGCAAGAAUUCAACAUCCAAAUCCCACUCUAUGGACCAGACCCCCAGUUAGAGCUACGAAUCCUACACCUCGAUCUACAUCAUGGACCAGAUCUCACAUCCCAACGACUAGACGCUUAACUUUUAUUUUCAUUGAGCCCACGCCUACGCCUUUAACACCACCGCCAAUUCGAAACACUAGACCUCCAAACCCGGACAUUACUCGAUCCACAAGAAGGCUGAUAUUUGUAUUUCCUAGAGACACUACGGCAAUCGCUCGUCGUCCCAAUUGGACAGUCCAUCCAACAGUUAUGAUUGUAAGAGCCUAAACAAAAUUAA